AUGAACAUGUCAAUCACUCCUAAACAACCUCAAACAGCCGAAUAUACACACCCGCAUUUUGCCAUGAUAUACCUUGACCAUAAUGGUCAGUGGCAACUACAAGCAUCGCCCUCAAUUGCAGGCUGUGAAGGCGCUAUCUUCACACCAGAUGUUACAGACCGAUUCAUAGAAAUGACUGGCCAGACCCCACAGACCAACCCACAGUUCACAAACCCAACUCAAGCACCCCACUCUUGGGACGGGCAACCAUCUUCGGGAUGGGGGCCAGCCGGUCAGGCGAGACAGGCCGAGAUGAUCCCGUUCCAAUGGUCGUCACAACAAAGCCGCAAAAAGUCAAAGCGUGCCAGUGGCAUGCUCAAGUCUCGACCAAAAUCUAGCUCACCGCCGCCUAUCACACCUCCACCUGGGCGGACUGUUCUUCGUGUCGGUAACCGGGCACUGCUGCGACGGUACUACGAAAAAGCAUUCGAGGAUUUCCAGCAGCUCAACUGCCGCGCCAUUGCGAAAUCUUACAUUAAGCUUGUCGAACCGAGGAAGCAGGUUCAUUAUCCGUACAAUGGACGCAGGGUUAUUGCCGGUGUUUCACAACGUGUUGACCCGGAGUUCACUAAGCCGGCGUGGUGGCCCGCUGGUGUCUUACACAAGGAGCCUGAUCAUCUGCUCAAGCCUGACCGACUGCGACUUCUUGUCCACAUCCUCUGCGAGCUAAAAGAUAGCCACGGAGUCACAACGGACAAACUGCGAGAUGCUGGCCAAGACGUGAGACGUCAGAUCACCCCUGCCCACCGACUGCAGGUUCUAGAUGAGAUCUACUUUGUAAGACGGAUGGAAGAGCAGUUUCUGGAUGGCGAAAUCGACGCCAACACCUUGAUUCAGGUAACACAAACGCAUCUACCAGAAGCAAUAUUCCAAGACAGUGACGAACUAUCAUCCCGUGCACACGCAGCGCCGGUAACGUCGUCUGUGAUCGAGGCUGAGCAUGACAUCCAUGAUGCAAGUAAUGAGACCGGAGUUUCCACGCUGGAAGAAGAUGACUCAAAGCCACAUCACUCGCAGAGUCCCCUCUCACCCACCACCAGCGAAUCAAGUGGUCCACACAGCCCGACAGGCAGUUUCGGCUACCCGAUGAAUAUGGCACCAUCGGUCCAUGUAAUCCCACCCCUCGAAUCCUCAAAUGUCACAAAAUCUAUGCAUCCAGAUCCGAGUUAUCUCUCUGGGUACUACCCGCAGCAGUUUGUAUCCGAUAAGGGCCCUGGGUUCUGGUCACAAGCCAACCCUACGUCGCAGUUUGGAUAUUGA